CCGUCGUGCUCGUUUCGUCGGAUCUGCCUCGUUUGCAAAUUAAGUCAAUUUGCUUAUUGUGCGGAUUUGCAGUCACGUAUUGAUACAGAAUUGCCAAUAUACAAACAAAAAAAUACAACUGCUGAGAGAAGUGUUUGAAGAACGGAAGAAAGCUGAACGAAAUUUUCAGCUGCCAAUACGAAGCAAGGCACAAAGAGCAAACAAAAGAAACAAUGAGCGAGUGAAACAGCAUACAAAAGUGUGAUAAUAGCUAGUGCAGCUCUUCUAUCCAAAUAAAACAAAACAAAGGAGAAACAAAGGAUAGAAACCCCGAAAACUCCACACACACAAACACACAUACAAUUGGAAGAAGAGCAGAUGAUGAAGCAGGCAAAACUGGCUGACGAACAAUCAUAAAUUAGAAAAUGUUCGAUACCAAAACCAUAUACUUUUCUAAACGAAAUCAAAAACAACUGUAAACUAAGUGCUUAGUUUGCAGCAAUGUAUGCAAAUCGCAAGUGAAAGGAGAAAAUCCAUCGCCAUCGGCUCAUAAAACUGUUCCAGUGUCUGUGUGUGUCUCCUCUCCCCUUUCGCCCUCUCGCCUGUGUGUGUGCAUGUGUGUAUGCAUGCAAGUGUGAGUGGAAACGGAAUUGGGAAUUGAAACUCGGUUUUGGUUUGGGUUUUUGGGGUUGUUAAAUUGUGAGAAAAAAGGUGAUAAACGACAAUACAAGACUUUCUGCUUCCCGCCCCCACCCCCUCCCCUCCAGGCAGAGGUAACUGAAUUUAAUAAAAAAAUAAAUUAUUAAAAAAUGCCCAGCGCAUCGUUCACCUCAUCGCGGCCCUAUGUGCGCCGUUCCCGACGAAAAGGAGCCAAUCGCAUUGCGAUGCCCAAUCGUCCGACUGGCAACAUAAUGGAUCCGAUGCUGCAGCAGCCGGUGCAUGCCCAGCAAAACAAUGCCCCCUCUACCAGCACAGCCUCAGCGGAGGGAAAUACUAAUAGCUCCAGCUCCAACUCCAACACCAGCAAUAACAUCAACAAUGCUGCCUCCGGCAACAGCAAUUCCGCGGAGUACUAUGAUAGUGGGCAAUCCACGAGCAAUGCUGCUGCUGCCGCCGCCGGAAGUAGUAGCAGCAAUUCCACCAUCGCAUCAGCAACAGCAGCGGCAGUCAAUCAAAAUCCAAGCAUGGGCAGUAUUUAUAAUGCCGUCCAAAUUAUGGACACCACGGAUGGCAGCUCAGCGUUGGCCAGCACUUCGGCCAUCAGCAGCAGCAGUGGCAGCAACACCAACAUCACCUGCAAUUCAAAUUUUCCCAGCACAUCCGCUUCAAGUCAGAGCAACAGCAACAACGGCACCGUUAACGGAGUCGGCGGCAGUGCAUCAUGUUGCCAUCAAUCGCCGUACGAUUUACGCCGCAAAAUAUCCGCCGUGAGCAAUCAUGACCAGUGGUGCUCGUCAAGCUCGAACGCCGGUUCGGCAGCGGUGGCUAUUAUGGUGGGUCCAGCGAGCAGUUCGCCGCCUCUGUUAAAUCCCAGCACAUCACCUGCCAGCUCUUCUUCAGCGUCAUCAUCGUCUUCAUCAUCAUCGGCAUCGGCAACGGCAUCCUCAUCAUCAUCGUCAUCAUCCUCGUCGUCGUCGUCAUCGUCGUCGCCAUCUGCCAUUGUGCAGGCCCCAUCGACGAGCGCCACAUUUCCCGUUAAUAAUGCACCCACGACAGGCGCCACCCUCGCCCAGCCGCCAACGGUGCAUAGCUCUGUGCCGCAACAUUGCGGUGCUCUACCUGUCGGCGGCGCAGCAGCCGUUAUUGAGGAGAACAAUUAUAUGUUGCCAGCGCGGAAGCGUUCACGUCGUCUAUAUACGCAGGGAGGGGAAACGGAUACGGCAGCAGUACCCAGCAUGGAGGCGGGCAGCGGUGGCAGUGCGGCCAGUGGUGGUGGCGGUGGUCCCACUGCUGCACAGUAUCUGCAAUACGAGCUGGCCGACGAGGUGCUCCUCGCCAUAUUCUCCUAUCUGAUGGAGCAGGAUCUGUGCCGGCUGGCGUUGGUCUGUAAGCGUUUCAAUACGAUUGCCAAUGAUACGGAACUGUGGAAGCGUCUCUAUCAAUCUGUAUUCGAAUACGAUUUACCCCUCUUCAAUCCGGAGCUGUGCAAGUUUGUCUUCGAGAAGCCCGAGGAGUCGGAGUUCGCCAAUCCAUGGAAGGAGAGCUUUCGCCAGCUCUAUCGUGGCGUUCAUGUCCGCCCUGGGUAUCAGGAGAAGCAGCGACACGCCGGCCGCACCAUCGUCUUCUUCAAUACGAUUCAGGCCGCACUCGAUUAUCCGGAGGAGCGUGCCGCGGCCGCGUUUGCCUCUGGCUCCAAUGCCGGCGCUGGCGCUGGCAAUGUCAAUGCCGGCCUCUCCAAUACAACAAGCAAUGCAGCGAGUGGGGCUGCCAGUGUCAAUGCCCUGGCGAAUAUAUACGAGGAGAAUGUGCCGCCAGCGGAGCAUCCGGGCCCCCUGAUAUUCCUCCAUGCCGGUCAUUACAAGGGCGAAUAUCUGUUCAUUGACUCCGAUGUGGCACUUGUUGGUGCGGCGCCUGGCAAUGUGGCCGAAUCGGUGGUUCUCGAGCGCGAGGCUGGCUCCACAGUAAUGUUUGUGGAAGGUGCAAAAUACGCAUAUGUUGGCUAUCUGACGCUUAAAUUCUCGCCGGAGGUCACCUCAACCGUAUCGCAUCACAAGCACUAUUGCCUCGAUAUUGGCGAGAACUGUUCACCAACGGUGGACAAUUGCAUCAUACGCUCCACGUCUGUGGUGGGUGCCGCCGUUUGUGUGGGUGGUGUCAGCGCCAAUCCCGUUAUACGCAACUGCGACAUCAGCGACUGUGAAAAUGUCGGCCUCUACGUGACGGACUAUGCCCAGGGCACCUACGAGCACAACGAGAUCAGCCGGAACGCGUUGGCCGGCAUUUGGGUGAAGAACUUCGCCAGUCCCAUAAUGCGCGAGAAUCACAUACAUCAUGGACGCGAUGUGGGCAUAUUCACCUUUGAGAAUGGCAUGGGCUACUUUGAGAAGAACGAUAUUCACAACAAUCGCAUUGCUGGCUUUGAGGUCAAGGCCGGUGCGAAUCCCACAGUGGUCAAGUGUGAGAUACAUCACGGACAGACGGGCGGCAUCUAUGUGCACGAGAAUGGGCUGGGCCAAUUCAUAGAGAAUCGAAUACACUCGAAUAACUUUGCAGGUGUCUGGAUAACAUCCAACAGCAAUCCCACCAUACGCAAGAAUGAGAUCUACAAUGGCCAUCAGGGCGGCGUCUACAUCUUUGGAGAGGGUCGCGGCCUCAUCGAGCACAACAAUAUCUAUGGUAACGCCUUGGCCGGCAUACAAAUACGCACCAAUAGUGAUCCGAUCGUGCGACACAAUAAGAUUCAUCAUGGGCAGCACGGUGGCAUCUAUGUGCACGAGAAGGGACAGGGGCUGAUUGAGGAGAAUGAGGUUUACUCCAAUACGUUGGCUGGCGUCUGGAUAACCACAGGCAGUACGCCCGUGUUGCGACGCAAUCGCAUUCAUUCCGGCAAACAGGUUGGCGUCUAUUUCUAUGACAAUGGGCAUGGCAAGCUGGAGGACAACGACAUCUUCAAUCAUUUGUAUUCGGGCGUGCAGAUACGCACUGGCAGCAACCCGGUGAUACGUGGCAACAAAAUCUGGGGCGGCCAAAAUGGCGGCGUCUUAGUCUACAAUGGCGGACUUGGUCUGCUCGAACAGAAUGAGAUAUUUGACAAUGCCAUGGCUGGUGUGUGGAUUAAGACCGACUCUAAUCCGACACUGAAACGCAACAAAAUUUAUGAUGGACGCGAUGGCGGCAUUUGCAUCUUCAAUGGCGGCAAAGGAAUACUCGAGGAGAACGACAUCUUUCGUAACACGCAGGCGGGCGUUCUGAUCUCAACACAAUCGCAUCCAAUACUUCGACGCAAUCGGAUCUAUGAUGGUCAGGCAGCUGGCGUCGAGAUAACAAAUAAUGCGACAGCGACACUGGAGCACAAUCAAAUAUUUAAAAAUAAGUUCGGUGGACUGUGCCUCGCCAGCGGCGUGCAGCCGAUCACGCGUGGCAAUAACAUAUUCAACAACGAGGACGAGGUGGAGAAGGCCGUCUCGAGUGGCCAGUGCCUGUAUAAGAUAAGCAGCUAUACAUCAUUUCCAAUGCACGACUUCUAUCGUUGCCAGACCUGCAAUACGACCGAUCGGAAUGCCAUAUGCGUGAAUUGCAUAAAGAAUUGUCAUGCAGGACAUGAUGUUGAAUUCAUACGACACGAUCGUUUCUUUUGUGACUGCGGUGCCGGCACCCUGUCCAAUCAGUGUCAGCUACAGGGCGAGCCCACGCAGGACACGGACACGCUCUAUGACUCAGCAGCGCCCAUGGAAUCGCACACUCUGAUGGUUAACUAGGGCAGCCCAAACGGUGCAGCAGCAGCAGCAGCAACAGCAGCAAAAAACACUCUAAUGGUAUUUUACUUUAUCAAUUAAGGCACAAGCUCUCAACUGUUUAAACAUUAAGUCGCUCGCUAACCUGCCCACACACAAACACACCUACCCCUCUCUCUCGCCCCCUCUCUCUCUCUCUCUCUAUCUAUCUCUCUCACACACGAACAAGUGUUGCUGUACAUAUUCACAAACAAACAUAAGAUUACAAUCGACUGUAUAUAAAUAAUAAUUAAUCUGCGUUCAAAAUUUAACUCAAUGUGCAAUUUAGUUUAAACCAAUUAUGCAAAGAAUUCAAUAUUUAUGGAAAAACAAAAGAAAAGAAAAAGAAGCUUCGCCUUUCCACGAUGUCCACAAUUGUCACAACAACAACGAACAUAUGAAAUUUUCAAAUAAUGCAUUUCUUUUGUACGAAUUGAAUGGUAACAAGAAAUGAAAUCUAUAUGAAUUUGGGUGAUAAAAGCAAGAAUGAAAAACCUAAAACCCAGUGAAGAAUACAAUUUUGUAAUGUAGCUAAGUAGGGUUUUUUUUUAAAUUCCGACAAUUUAAAACUAAAACGUAAUGAAUUGAAAUGAAAUUAAUUAUAUUUUAAGCCGUAGACAUUGGCGGUGCACCGCCAACAACAACAACAACAAAAUAACAACAACCACAACACCAACAACUAUUCGAAAAGCAAUUUUAAGUAUUAAUAACAAAUUAGAUAAACGUCAGCAACCGCUUUUUGCUUCAGCAAACAACUAACAAGCAGCAUACAAUAUUAAAAAAAAAUAAAUACUAUUAACAAAUAUACAUAAAUAUACUUCGAUAGAUACCACAAAAAAAAAAAAACAAAAAAAAAACCAGAAUCAAAAGCGUUUACAAGCAUCAAAUAAUGAGCAAUAUUUCAUGUCUAAAUGUCAAAUUUAUAGCGAAAAGAAUACAAUGCGAAUGAAUGAAUGAAUAUGUGUCAUUUUAGCAACAUAAGCUUAACAAAAUGUACUGCUUUUCGGUUUGCUCAUUGCGUGGGUGAUCCCCGAGUGUUCGAAUUAUGCAAACUUAUUAUUUUAACUAUAUAAAUCGAUAAUACUAAGUAGCAUUAUAUCGUGUAUGUAUAUGUAGAGGUACACAUCAACUAGUUUUAUACUAUAUAU